AUGGCUUUCCCGUUGGAUGGCCUGACUCGGUCGUUGAGCAGGAGUUUAGUAGCUUGGGCGGCAUUGGUUGUCCUCAUCGGCACGUUCGAAUGCGCCGUCAGUCACGCUACGCGCUUGCUGCCGUCGGAGCCGCUGGGCGACGGAGGUGCUCCUAUUAAUCUCACUACUUCUAGCAUUCGCAACACCAGCGUUGAUGCGUUAAAUCCAGCGGCAGACGCGGCGUUAGAUCCGGCGGCGUCAGUGGCGGCGGAAGUUGCGGCAGAAAAGUUUGGUUUUUGCCUGGGAGAUGAGGAGGCGUGUCCGCCGAGUCGCACCGGUUCUCAUGAUCGCGACGCGAAGGAGUCGUUACGGAUUGAUGCCGCCGUCAGCGAAAGCGGGCUUGUAGAUGACGAUAACAACUCCACCAGCACCGGCAGAAGCAGUGACAGCAGCGGCGGCGGCGGCGGCGGCGGCGGCGGAAGCAGCGAGGCGGAGGUGGCGCGGCGCGUGAGCGAGCGAAUGAUGGCUUUAAUCGCGGAGGGACGCGACCAGCUGGAAGGCGAGCGGCUCGAAGAGGCCGUCGCCACAUACGAUGAGGUGAGCGGCGAGAUGUGA